AUUUUUCUCUUCUGUUUUAUUGAUUCUUUUCAACAUCUUUUCGGAUCACAUUGUUUUGCUUUGCUCGACCUUCCCUUGGGUUUUAUCAAGAAUUCCUGUUAUCACUGACCCUGAGUCUGUACUCCAGCGUGACAUAUUGCACCCAGGUCAUUGACCACCGUUAGUCUGAUAGGGAUGGAACCGUUGUGUAAAGUGAUUCCCGCUGCACCUGCUGAAAGCAACGUGACGGCAGCGUGGGAGCAUCCAGCCGAAAAAAAUUCAGACGAUCAGAGAGACGAAAAAGAAGAAUGUAGAAUACUGCAGCCUAUGAUUGCUGAUGAAAAUUCUGAAAAUUAUUACUCACAUGCUGCCACUUACUGGUCCUCCGUACCACCCACGGUGGAUGGAAUGCUCGGCGGCUUUGGCUACAUUUCUCACACUGACAUUCAGGGUUCUGAGACUUUCCUGAAGAGUGUUUUUAAGCUAAAAACCCCCCCACAAAGACAAAGAGCUCUUGACUGCGGUGCUGGCAUUGGUAGGGUCACUAAACUCCUCCUUCAAAGAUUUUUUGACAAGGUGGAUCUUGUUGAGCAAAAUCCUGCAUUUCUCAAAGAAGCAAAAACUUAUUUAGGACCAUCAAAACACGUUGGCCAAAUGUAUUGUGAAGGACUACAAAAUUUUAAACCUGAGGAGAGCUAUGAUGUCAUUUGGUGUCAGUGGGUGCUAGGUCAACUCAAAGACCACGACUUUGUAGAGUUCAUGAAGGCGAACAUAAAAGCACUGAAGCCAAGUGGCGUGAUUGUGGUGAAGGAAAAUGUUUCCUCUAGUGGAGAAACUGAGGAAGACACACAGGACGCAUCAGUGACCAGGUCGGAAAAGGCACUUGUUGAAAUUUUGACUGGACCCUCAGGAUUGAGAAUAUUGAGAGAAAUGAAACAGCCAAGAUUCCCUAAAGGUCUCUUUCCUGUCAGAAUGUAUGCAAUGAGGCCAUGUAAAAAAGAAGACUUGUCCAAAGAAUGCGAGUGAAAGUGAUGGAACCAAUCAAAACUAAUAUUGUGGAAAUCAUACCGAUCAUUAGAUUUUUGUUUAACGUAUACGGAAAUAUGAUUCUGUGAAUUUGUCGACUAAUGGAACAUUUAUAAUGUGAUGAGAUUCCUAUUUAAUUUGUUGUUCUGACCCUGUCCUCAUGUUGAGUGAUGUUGAUAAUAAAAUUUGUUUUGCUUAUGAACGGUACUAAAAAAUUAAACAGAUUACAAGUAAACUAAAAAAUA